CCAGGCGCCCGGCGUAGGGGGGCAGGGGACGGGCGCGGCGCGCCGGGCGGGGCCCAACCGGGAAGAGGGUUCGUGCGUCAGCCUCACGCGCGGGGAAGGAAGCCGACCCGAGGCCCCGGGCGGCCGCUGCGGGCGCCUAGGCACGUUCGCAGGCUCCGCCGGGAGGUGGCGGCCGCUGAGAGGCGGGAGAGCCGAGGGCGGGCCUGGGAGGCGGCCGGGAGGUGGGGGCGCCGCCGGGGGCCGGCCCGCGCGGGCUUCAUCUGCGGACGCGCGGCCUGCGCCCGGGUGCUGGGACCGCGAGGCGCCGCCCGACGAGCGGCCGGAGCGGCUAUGGGCCGCCGCUGGGGCUUCCUCGUCGGCCUCGUGGGGGCCGUGUGGCUGCUCGGCUCGGGUCACGGUGGGCGGCAGCCCCCUGAGACGGCGGCGCAGAGGUGCUUCUGCCAGGUUAGUGGUUACUUGGAUGAUUGUACCUGUGAUGUUGAAACCAUCGAUAGAUUUAAUAACUACAGGCUUUUCCCGAGACUACAAAAACUUCUUGAAAGUGACUACUUUAGAUAUUACAAGGUAAACCUGAAGAGGCCAUGUCCUUUCUGGAAUGAUAUCAGCCAGUGUGGGCGAAGAGACUGUGCUGUCAAGCCUUGUCAGUCGGAUGAAGUUCCUGAUGGAAUUAAAUCUGCAAGCUACAAGUAUUCUGAGGUAGCCAAUAAUCUCAUUGAAGAAUGUGAACAAGCUGAACGACUUGGAGCUGUGGAUGAAUCUCUCAGUGAGGAAACACAGAAGGCUGUUCUUCAGUGGACCAAGCAUGAUGAUUCCUCAGACAACUUCUGUGAAGCUGAUGACAUCCAGUCUCCCAAUGCUGAAUAUGUAGACUUGCUCCUUAACCCUGAGCGCUACACGGGUUACAAGGGACCAGAUGCUUGGAAGAUUUGGAAUGUCAUCUAUGAAGAAAACUGUUUUAAGCCACAGACAAUUAAAAGACCUUUAAAUCCUUUGGCUUCUGGUCAAGGGAAAAGUGAAGAGAACACUUUUUACAGUUGGCUAGAAGGCCUCUGCGUAGAAAAAAGAGCAUUCUACAGACUUAUAUCUGGCCUGCAUGCAAGCAUUAACGUGCAUCUGAGUGCACGAUAUCUUCUACAAGAAACUUGGUUGGAAAAGAAAUGGGGACACAACAUUACAGAAUUUCAGCAGCGAUUUGAUGGAACUUUGACUGAAGGAGAGGGUCCAAGAAGGCUUAAGAACUUGUAUUUUCUCUACUUAAUAGAAUUAAGGGCUUUAUCUAAAGUGGUACCGUUCUUUGAGCGCCCAGAUUUUCAACUCUUCACUGGAAAUAAAGUUCACGAUGCAGAAAACAAAAUGCUACUUCUGGAAAUACUUCAUGAAAUCAAGUCAUUUCCUUUGCAUUUUGAUGAGAAUUCCUUUUUUGCUGGGGAUAAAAAAGAAGCAAACAAACUGAAGGAGGACUUUCGACUGCAUUUUAGAAAUAUUUCAAGAAUCAUGGAUUGUGUUGGUUGUUUUAAAUGUCGACUAUGGGGAAAGCUUCAGAUUCAGGGUUUGGGUACUGCUCUGAAGAUUUUGUUUUCUGAGAAAUUGAUAGCAAAUAUGCCAGAAAGUGGGCCUAGCUAUGAAUUCCAUCUAACACGACAAGAAAUAGUAUCAUUAUUUAAUGCAUUUGGAAGAAUUUCCACAAGCGUGAAAGAAUUAGAAAACUUCAGAAAUUUGUUACAAAAUAUUCAUUAAAGAAAACAGAAAACAAGUUGAAAUGUGCCUGUUUCUGAACUAUGAAGGCCAAAGAGUGGAAUUUCAUUCAAAGGCAUAAGAGCAAUGACAUUCUUAAGCCAAACAUUUUAUAUAAAGCUGCUUUUGUAAAAGGAGAAUUAUAUUGUUUUAAGUAAACCAUUUUUUUUAAUUGUGUUAAGUUUAUGUAUGAUAUUGUGAGUAAAAGUAACGCUUUGAUGAUGUGGUACAAAUUUUAAAGUUUAAUGGUGAAUAAAAUCAGGAUUAUCAAAUUCAUAUAUGUUAAAACUAAGUAAAUGCUAUAAGUCUUUCAAGAAUUUUGUGUGAGAAGAUGUAAUAUGAAUAAAGCUAUGGUCAGUGUGUUGAGCAUUUAAUAGGAAAAUGCUAAGGAGGCUCAUGAAUAACCCAUAAUUAACAACCUAAAAGUUUGCAAUACAUUUACAGUUACCAGAUUUAGUAAAUAUACAGAAUGCCCAGUUAAAUUUGAAUUUCAGAUAAACAAUAAUUUUUUAAUGUAAGUAUGUUGCAUGCAAUAUUUCGGACAUACUUAUGCCAAAAAUUAUCUCUUGUUUAAAAUUCAGAUUUAACUGGGAGUCCUGUGUUUUAUCUGGCAACCCAAAAGUACAUUGGUAUGAAAUAAAUCACUUCGAGAAUUAUAUUGCUAUUUAGAUUGGCUUGUUUUAGUGUGUAGAAAGAUACAAUGACAACUCAAAGACGGGAUUUCUAAACAUUGUGAAAAGUUGAAUAGAUUUAUAUAUUUUAUUCUCAUAAUACUUUACCCAAUGCUGAAUAAAAUUUGGGAGAAACUUUUUAUUUUUAUGUAAUUUCAGAUUUACAGAAAACGUUCGAGAAUAGUACAAAAGAACUCUUUACCCAGAUUCACUAAUUGUUCACACUUGCUUUAUCUUUCAUGCUCUCUCUCUCUAUACACAUGUAUACUAUUUUUUCCUAAAUCAUUUGAAAGUCAGUUCCAAGCGUCAUGCCCUUUGAACCUUAAAGACUUCAGUGUGUAGUACUGGAUAAUUUUUUUAAAUGAUUUUUUCAGAAAAAAAAAACCAAACAAACAGUGGAACUAUAACUGUAAGCCUUAGAAUAAGGAAUCAUUUUGAGGUCCAGUGUAAAUAAACUUAUUUUUGAGUUUGUUGUCCUUUUGAUGCUUGAUCUGUGUAGUCACAGGGCAUAUAAUUUUUGUUUUUUGUACAUGAGGUUCAUUUCCUUUUUCUCCCUAAAAGUAAUUUUGAGAGGUUUUCAUUAGUGGCAGUUCUUUAAUGAUAAAAAUAUUUGAGGGGGGGGCGCCUGGGUGGCACAGCGGUUAAGCGUCUGCCUUCAGCUCAGGGCGUGAUCCCGGCGUUAUGGGAUCGAGCCCCACGUCAGGCUCCUCAGCUAUGAGCCUGCUUCUUCCUCUCCCACUCCCCCUGCUUGUGUUCCUUCUCUCGCUGGCUGUCUCUAUCUCUGUCUAAUAAAUAAAUAAAAAAUCUUAAAAAAAAAAUAUUUGAGGGGGUUUAAGAAUUUUGAUCACAUGGUAAUUGUAAAAGAAACUAUACCUCAAAAUGAUGUGCCCUCUUUAUACUAGCAAGUUGUACCAUGCUGAGAUGUCACAUUAUUAAUAAAGCAGGGUUUAUUUAUAUAAUGGUUUAAAAAUAGCAUUUUAUACUGCUGUAUACUUUUUCUUUUCUGUAACCCUAAAGCCUGGUGGAGUGCCAAGUACAUAGUAAGCACAUGUGGGCAUCCAAUAAAUAUUUGUAGAAUGAAUGUAUGAAUAUGUAUUCGGCACAUCUUAAAUGAAAAACCACAGAGCUGAGUUUAACAAUAUGUGUCAUAUUUUCUCUUUCCCUUCCUCAUUUGAAUAAGGUAGGAAAAAAAAAGAUAUUUACUUACUAAUUAACUCAAUAUUUUUGGAGACUCAAAGGACUGUGAUGUGAGCACCAUGUGUGAAAGUUGAAAGGACAUUUGUAGUACUCCAGUCGUGUGGCGGAAGGGUUUAAAUGGCAAUUUUGUCUGUAUGCUUCUCUAAUUCUCACGUCAUGCCCUCGCCCUUUUUUAAGUCCAUCUUUUUGAGAGAAUAUUCCUAUCAUCACUUUAUCACCUCCCACUGCUCCUUAACCAGAAAUCUGGCUUUUGGCUCUGUAGUUCCUAACCGUUUCUUCUUUUAAAGUCAAAAAUUCCAAUUCUAAAUUCGUAGUUCAGUUCACAAGCCAUUUCUUAUUUGACUUUUUUUCUGCAUUUGAUACUGUUUGACAACCCCUUCUUUAAAAAUCUUUUUUCCCGCUGGGUUCCUUAUAUUUCACUCCUGGGCUCCUGGUUGUAUCCUUUUUCAGCCUUUUUUUCAUUUAUGCCUUAAAUGUUAUUCCUCAGACUUUCAUUCUUGCUGUAAAUCACCAUGACUUCUCACUCUUGGGUAAUUCCGAUUCAGUGAUGUCUAAGUCCUUAUCAUUAGUCCAGACUUCUUAAUCCAGCUGUUUACCACAUGUCUUCACUGUUGUCCCACAGAUACCUGUGUGUAUUAAAACAACUGUUCUCCCCCCAGAUCUAUUCUUAUGCCUGUGUUCCUGAGUUUGGUUAAUUUCAGAACCAUCAUCAUCUAGAUUCUCUAGGCUCCCUCCUCUGCGUCUUCCCUUAUCCAGUCAGUGUGUAAGCACUAUGGAGUUGAUCACCGUAUCCCUGAUGCAUUGCUGUCUUUUUCUUUUCUUUGGUCUUAUCUAGAGCACGACACUUACCUGCCUCCCUGUUUCCAGUCUGUCUCCUCUCACGCACCCCACAAUGCUGCCACAGCGGGCUUUCUAGAAGUACUUGAACAAGGCCCUCUGAUGUGUGUCUGCCAGUCCCACCCCCAGCCCUCACGCUUUGAUAAAACAAUUCUUCAAAUGUGCCAGGGUCAGGUCCCCAGACCUGGGUGCAUGCUGCUCUCUUUGCAUCAUGUGCUCUAACCAUCUUCCCUACCUGGAAAAUUCCCAUUUCUUCUUGCAGGCCAGCAUAAAGCCCGCCUCUGUGAAAUCUCCCUUGUUCCACCCAAGGAGUAUCCUCUAAUCUCCUCUUUAAUGUCACCACUGUAAUUACAACCUACCUCUAUUGUGUCACUUAUUGUACUGUAUUUUCUUUUAAGCCUCCUUUAGUAGAAUGUGAGCUCCUUAAGGGCAGGAAAAGGAACUUUAUCCACUUUUGCAUCUCCAUAGCAUAAUUUUUGGCAUAUGAACACUUAAUAAAUGUUUGUUGAAUAAA